GCAAAAGUGACUUUAUGUGUACGAGAAAAAGAGUAUUCUGCUGAAAACAAGUGACUGAUUUCCAAGAGGACUAAAGAGGACCAUGACUGAAGGUGGUGUAAAAAUUAGAGCUAUAUUUGUGCACAUAGGAGUUUUGAUGCCUCUCUGGAUGAUAAUGGUCCAUGUCGAAGGAUGGAAAUAUGUCACGCAUUCUGAAAAAAUGACCUGGAAUGAUUCAAGAAAGUGGUGUCAAACUCAUCACACCGACAUUGUGAUGGUCCACAAUGAAAAUGUGACAAAUGUUCUGAAAACAGAGCUGCCAAAUCUAAACUCUGCUCCUUACUACUGGAUUGGAAUGAAAAAGAUCAAUGACACUUGGAUGUGGGUUGCCAAUGGACAGGCUGCAGACUAUAUAAACUGGGCAGAAACAGAGCCCAAUAAUCGACUGUCUGAAGAAAACUGUGUAGAAAUGUACAUUACCAGCUUAAACAAAAGUGGAAAGUGGAACGAUGAUAGCUGCAGUAACUCAAAAUACCCUGUGUGUCACAAAGCACAAUGUCCUAACAUAACAUGCGGUGAUAGAAAAGUCUGUGUAGAAAAAGUCAACAACUUCAGCUGUGUGUGUAAACCAGGUUUCUUGGGGCCCCAAUGCAACACAGUUGUUUCAUGUCCGCAGCUCUCCACACCAGCCAAAAGCUGGAUGCAGUGCUCUGGACUGUAUGGGAAUUAUUCCCUUGACUCAAAAUGUAAAUUCUCCUGUGCUGCUGGUUAUAAACUGAAAGGCACAGCUGAGCUCAACUGCAAUUCCUCAGGUGCAUGGAACGCACCUCUACCUUCCUGUGCCGCAGAGUGUUUUCCCCUUCUAUUGUUUGGAGGUAGACUGAUAAACUGCACUGAAGCACAUGACAGCUCUAGGUCUGCCUGUACAAUGCAGUGUCCCCCUGGUCAUCUGCUGCUGGGUUUUGCUCAGUUUUCCUACAGAGCUGACGGCACAUGGGAAUCUGCAUAUCCAAUAAUGUGUGCAAACUAUAUCCAUUUUCUAAUUGCACUUUUGGCAUUUGCUGUCAUCUCAAUGUUUUGUGGUUAUUUAUGUGGUUGCUGCAUCUGCAAAAAGAGUAAAGAGGUAAUAUCAAGCACACAACAGGAGACUAUAAAUCCAGCAUAUGAAGCAGAACCUCCACCACUAGAGGGUCCUCUAUGUUCAGCAUAAACAUUAUGGUCUUUUUUCUUUUUUAUUCCAUUCUUUUU